ACGCUGGGUUCCCUACCUGGCAGGCGGCAUGGCAGAAUCCGCUGGUGGUUUCGUGGCUCCCAAGGGGUGGUUUUCAGCUCCCGAGCUGAUCCCCACGUUGGGGCCUCUGAGCAACACAGCCCCGGCGCCGCACAAUUGGAUGCUCUGGGCCAUGUUGCCGCCCCCGCCACCGCCUUCGUCGUCGCCUUCUGCGGGAGGGUCACAGCCUUGCCCGGAGGCACAGCCCCCGGUGGAGACCCCGGCGCUCUCCGAGGCGCCUCCCGGCUUCGACACCCAGACUCUUCCCGGGGUUCAGUCCCUUUUCGACACCCAGUGCCGCCUCGAUUCUCAGCCUCAAGUCAACGGCCAGGCUUCCUGGAACUUCCAGUCUUCAACAUCAUGGCCCUGGAGACAGUCUCCUGGUAGUUUCCCUUGGCAUCAGAAAUCCCAGGACACUCCGGUUAAACAUUCUUAUUUUCCACAAAAAUAUGAUGCAAAGCUUACUGACUUCAACUUCCCUCCCAGUAGAAAACAUAAAAAAAAGAAAAGAAAAGAACCAGUUUUUCACUGUUUUUGUGAUACCUGUGAUCGUGGUUUUAAAAAUCAAGAAAAGUAUGAUAAACACAUGUCUGAACAUACAAAAUGUCCUGAAGUAGAUUGCUCCUUUAGUGCACACGAGAAGAUUGUCCAGUUCCAUUGGAGAAAUAUGCAUGCCCCAGGUGUGAAGAAGAUCAAGUUAGACACUCCAGAGGAGAUUGCGAGAUGGAGGGAAGAAAGAAGAAAAAACUACCCAACUCUGGCCAAUAUUGAAAGGAAGAAAAAGUUAAAACUUGAAAAGGAAAAGAGAGGUGAAGUAUUAACAACAACACAAUAUGGUAAGAUGAGGGGAAUGUCCAGACAUUCACAGAUGGCAAAAAUCAGAAGUCCUGGCAGACAUCACAAAUGGAAAAAUGACCGAGCUGGACAGAGAGCAGCCAUUGGAUCAGGCAACCAUUUGUGUGACUUGCAGCCUGAAGGUCGACCCGAGACAAAUGCAGACCCUCUGAGUGUUUUGGUAAAUACUGAUUCUGAGUCUGAUAAAGAGGAGAAACCACUACUAAGUACUGUCAUACCCAAGGAAGUGACACCAGCCCUGUGCUCACUAAUGAGCAGCUAUGGCAGUCUCUCAGGGUCAGAGAGUGAGCCAGAAGAAGCUCCCAUUAAAACUGAAGCAGAUGUUCUCGUGGAGGACCAGAUUCUUUAUAGCGAUACUUUUGAGAGACCAAGUCAAGAUGUUAAAGUGACUAUUGGAAAUUUCUCAGAAGCCAAGUAUAAGAGUCAAAAGAAAAGUUUCAAAAAGACAAACCCGAAGAGGAAAAAAGAUUAUCACAACUGUCAUCCAUUAUUUGAACCAAGAACACAUCAUCCAUAUCUCCUGGAAAUGCUUUUAGCUCCAGACAUUCGACAUGAAAGAAAUGUGAUUUUGCAGUGUGUUCGGUACAUCAUCAGAAAAGACUUUUUUGGACUUAAUUCUACAAAAACUGAAGAUGUGUAGGUGUGUAAUGUUUCAGCACUCAUAACUGAAGCAUGUAAAAUAGUGCCAUCCUCACGUUAGUGGAGGAAAACUUAUUUUUAAACUUGAUUAGCAAUUAAAUUGUAAGCUUCAUAUGAUAUUAUGUUGGAUUUUUCAAGUCUUU